CUCUCAAAUGUCAAACUACAGCUGAUCUGUCAACAAUUAACAACAAACAAGCAAACAACCCACAAUUAUUAAUUUAAACCACGAAAAAAUGAAUACAUGAGUGCCCAAACAUGGAAAAAAGCGGCGCCGUCUUUCACCCCAUCAUCAGUUCAAUCCAAAAAAUCGCCCUAUAUGAGACCAAAUCAAAAUACUACCUCGUCGGAUCCAACAACACCCAAACCCGCUUCCGGGUGCUCAAAAUCGACCGCCAGGAAUCCAGAGACCUGAAAAUAUACGAUGACAAAGUUGAAUACACAGCUGAAGAAAUCCAUGACCUCAUCAACAUGAUAGACUCUGGAAAUCGGCAACGCUCAGGAGGGAGCGGUUUCUCAAAAGGGAUUUCGUCCUUCGGGAUUGUCGGUUUUAUAAGGUUCCUGGAAGGGUAUUAUAUUAUCCUUAUUACAAAAAGGCGCAAAGUCGCUGUUAUUGGUUACCACACGAUCUACAAAAUUGAAGACACAACCAUGAUCUACAUUCCACAUGAAUCAGUGCGGUUGGUGCAUCCGGAAGAGCCGCGCUAUGUGAAGAUGUUCCAGAAUAUUGAUUUGGCUAGUAAUUUUUACUUUAGCUAUAGCUACGACCUCACCCACUCCCUCCAGCACAACUUGACCGACCCCAAACAAUUCGUCCCCACCUUCCAAGAAGACUCUGAAUUCUAUUUCCCCGAUGAUACCAACCUUCUGACCUCCUCCAUUAUUUCCCAAGGCUCCCGCACCGACGAGCAGCAUGAUUACGGCAUUCGCACCAAACCCCACCGCAAGUUCGUCUGGAACACCCACUUACUCAGCUUGGUUGAGCCAGAGCUGCACCCUGAUUGGCUGCUCUAUAUCACUCACGGCUUCAUCGGCCAAUCAAACAUCAACAUCUUCGGGCGGUCGGUUUACGUCACCCUGAUCGCGCGACGGUCCAGCCGGUACGCCGGUACCCGAUUCCUCAAACGAGGGGCCAAUUUCCAAGGCGACGUCGCCAAUGAGGUGGAAACCGAGCAGAUGGUUCAUGAUUCCGGGGUAUCGUCGUUCAGUCAAAGUCAUUUCACGUCGUUCGUACAGAUGAGGGGGUCAAUUCCCGGACACUGGAGACAAGAUAUGGGGAAAAUGGUGGCCAAGCCGGCUAUCACUAUGGACUUGUAUGACCCGUAUGCGGAGACCGCGGGGGCCCAUUUCAACGAACUGUUGAAACGGUAUGGGGCUCCCAUUGUGAUUCUGAAUCUAGUGAAGCAGAGAGAGAGGAAGAAACAGGAGAGGUUGUUGAGUGAUGAGUUGAGCUCCGCGGUCAAGUACUUGAACCAAUUUCUUCCACCGGAGCACCAGAUUGUGUAUAAGACUUUCGACAUGGCGAGGAAAAAUAAAGGCAAUAAUGCCAACGUAAUGGGGCAUUUGGCAGACAUAGCCAGGAAUGCGGUCAUGAAAACUGGGAUUUUUCACAACCAGAAGAGAUAUUUUUCGCAGAAGUUGGCAACCGUGGUUGGACAGAACAAAAGCGGGAAUAAUAUAGGGAGCGUCCAGACGGGGAUUAUUCGAACGAAUUGUGUCGAUUGUUUGGAUCGAACCAAUACCGCCCAGUUUGCUAUAGGAAAGUGUGUCCUGGGGUACCAAUUGUGCGCUCUAGGGAUUUUAGAUUUUCCGAAUUUAGAGUUCGAUACUGAUUGCGUGCGGAUGUUAGAGUGUCUGUAUGAGGAUCACGGAGACACUUUAGCUUUGCAAUACGGGGGCUCGCAGUUGGUCCACAGAAUCAAAACGUACAGAAAAACGGCCCCGUGGACGUCACAAGGGAACGACAUAAUGCAGACUUUGAGUAGAUAUUACAGCAACACUUUCUCAGACGCUGAUAAGCAGAACACCAUAAAUCUGUUUCUGGGGAUUUUUGUUCCCGAGGAGUGUAAACCACAGAUUUGGGAGUUCACGUCGGAUUAUUACUUUCACCAUAAACCGAUUGUCUAUAAUAAUAAGUCGUUGAGUCAGUGGUGGGAUCGAGAUGUACUUAAGUGUCUUCCUUAUGCUUACAAUGACUUAACUAAAGCAUGCUCUGAGAUAAUUCAGGUUCAUUCUCGGGAUGCGGAAAUGAUAGAUGCGUACUCUGAUUAUCACAGACCUUACGAACUUAGCGUUUUGAAUGACGUGUAUGCGUUCAAAAUCAGUAACUCGGUUCGAGAUUUUAUGCCUAAUUGUACGACGGAUUACAGCCCUUUUAUUAUACGAAUUCGUCCAGUAAGGCGAAGAGAGGAAAAUUCGAAUAAAGGGCUUGCUAUGAAGAACCCUUCUGUUACGGGGCAGAGUUCUACGAGUUCUGCUGCGUCUAGUUCUAGUUCUAGUUCAGACGAAGAUUCCUGCGAUGAUGAAGACAGUACUUACACGAACGAAUCCCAGGGGACUACGUCCAAAGAAAGUAGUCCAGAACCCCCAACAUUCAAGUCGCUUUUCCCCUCAAUGAAAGAAAUAUACGGGACGCAGCUCACCGACCCCAAGAAAGCUGAUAUAAUGACUUAUAAAAAAUAUGUUCUCAUCGGGAAAAAGGCAAACGGGACAGUCAGAAACAGUUUUACUCCAAUUUCGCUUAAUUUAAAACCACAAAGCAACUUCACCGCAGACACUUCCAUCCAAGUCACCCCACCUACCGUCAGUAAAAAGUCAAUUCAGAUUUAUGAAAAUUAUAUAAAUACGGGGAUCAAUGGAGGUUUCUUACCUAAAGCGUCCGACCUCGCACUGUACCAAAAAUACGCUAGCUUUAAAUAAGUCUGUGAUUCCAAGUCUAUUAAUAAACGAUUAUUCGAA